ACCACGCACAAACAAACUUGGGUGCUCGCAUUCCAACUAGCCAUGGCGCUCAUACUUGAUAGUAUGCUCCAUCUCACCCUUCUGGUGGGUGCAAUAGCUCUUCUGUACAAGCUAUCGCGUCUCGGUCGCAGGGGAGAUUUCCUUCCCCCAGGUCCUCCAACUAUUCCUAUCCUCGGAAACGCACAUCAGAUACCCACUACCGGAUUCAACGCCAGAAUUCAUGAGUGGGCUGAACAGUACGGUCCUGUGUUCUCAUUCAUUUUGGGAAAGAGCAUCUGUAUCGUACUCAAUGAUCGUCAAGCAGUUCACGAGUUGAUCGAUCAGAAGGGUGCACUAUUCAAAGAUCGCGUGUACGAUCGUCAAGCACUUGAAACUUUCCAUGGCCUGAAUUAUGCACUCAUGGACGCAACACCGAUGUGGAGAGCCCAGAGAAAGCUCACGGUAAAGAUGAUGUCCGAGAAAAACUUGGACGGUCCUAUGCGUGAAAUAAGAGAUGCUGAAAACGCCUCUCUCAUGCACGAUUUGCUUGAAGAUCCUGAUCGUUUCGCGGCACACAUCGGACGAUCUUUGGCUUCUGCAGCUAGUAUAGUGGUAUAUGGCCAACGAGCAAAGACACUUGAUGAUUUCUGGAACACUUAUACGCACGCCGCACACAAAGCUGUCACUGAAACCCUUAGCCCGGGUAGCUACAUACCAACGGAUCAGUUCCCCGUCCUGGACCUCAUUCCAUAUAGCUGGAACCCGGCUACGUUGAAGGCUAGAAAAGCACGGGAGACCUUGGACGGGAUCUGGCAAGAAGCUAGACAGCGUGUUGACAAACGUCGUGCUGAGGGCGAUAAACGUGACUCCAUCCUGGAUAAUACUCUGGACGGCAGUCUUAAGUCAGAUAUAACCCUUAGCGAUGACGAGCUCAACCACAUGUGCGGCACCUUCAUUGAAGGCUCGGCGCUGACCACAUCUAUCACGAUCCAAACUAGCAUUCUGUUUCUUGCGAAGUACCCCGAAUAUCAGGACAAGGCACAGCAGGAGCUCGAUGGAGUCUGUGGGGAUAGUAGGGUGCCUGUGUGGGAGGACUUUGACAGCCUGCCUUACAUCAACUGCAUUGCCAAAGAAGCGCAGCGAAUCCGUCCAGUGUAA